CACACCCAUUUCGAUCUCUAUUAUCGAUCCCUUUAGCUGCAUCCUCCUUGCUGCUGCUUCGAUCUUCAUACAAAAAUGAGUAAGAUUGAGAUAGCAGUGGAGGUGAAGUCCCCUGCAGAUAAAUUCUGGGGUGCAAUCAAGGAGUCUACAAAACUCUUCCCCGAGAUCUUCCCUGAGCAAUACAAGAGUAUCGAGAUCGUGGAAGGAGAUGGCCAGAGCGUCGGCUCCGUCAGGCUCAUUAAAUAUGCUGAAGGGAUUCCAAUCAUAACGUUUUCUAAGGAGAGGGUCGAGACCGCCGAUGAAGAAAGCAAAUCUGUGUCUUACACUGUCAUAGACGGAGAUAUCAGCAACUUCUACAAGCAUUUUAAAGCUAGUCUCCAAGUUGUUCCCAAGGGUGAAGGGAGUUGUGUGAAAUGGUCUGUGGAAUAUGAGAAGGCAACUGAGGAAGUUCCAGAGCCCAACCUCAUACAGGAAUUUGCAGUGAAGACCUUCAGCGAUUUGGACACAUAUCUCCUCAACCUCAAGGCAUAAAUUAAUUAAUUAAUAGACAGUAAUAUUAGACGAGUCAAAACCGGUGGGUAUUUUGGUCAAUAAGAGUAAGAGACGUGCAUCAGUGCAUGGAGCCUCUCCAAAAACCAGGACGAACGUACGAUUCAAAUACAUCUUUGGUGGGGUUAAUAAAUAUUUAUUUACGUAUGUACGUUAGCUUCCUCUUGCCUUUUAUUUAUGUGUUUUUCUUUUAAUGUAUGAAGGUCUAUUUAUCAGUUAUGUUGGUAUAUGCAAAUAUAAUCAAUUUCGAUGAUAAAGGCCAAGGGUCUUCUUGAAAAUAAAAAUAAGUUUUUUUGAA